UACACCCUCCGCCCUGCUUCCUCCCACUCGCCAGGGCCCUAUAAAAUAGCCAUUUCUGCUUCAAGUUCCCCAGUCUCUUCCAGACCGCCAUCAUCAACAGAUCCAUCAUGAAGUUUGUAGCUCUAGCUCUAGCCUUUCUGCUGGCUGCAGGUUGCCAAGGUGAAGCUCCAUCUCAGUAUGAGCACAUCAGAGCUGUGGUGGUGACAUUCUCCCACCAGGUUAAGGAGACACUACACAAAACUAUCGCCCAUCUUGAUGAUGCUCAGUACAAGGAUUACAAGGCCCGCCUCACUCAUGUCCUGGACAGCAUUGAGGCCUUGCUCAAGUCUGUCACUGAAUCCCUUGCCCCAGUCCGUGAGGGGAUCGGACCCCAGAUUGUUGAAUUCAUUGCUGGUGCUCGUGAUAAGGUUUCCAAAGACCUGGAGGAACUGCGCAAGGAGCUGGAGCCUAAGGCCGAGGAGCUGCGCGAAGUUGUGAAGAAGCAUCUUGUUGAGUACCGUACAUUGUUGGAGCCUAAGCUUAAGGAGUACUCUGACAAGAACCAACAGGUAGUGCAGGAGUUCAGGGCCAAAUUUGAGCCUGUAAUCAAGGAGCUGCAGGAGAAGAUCACGGUCAAUGUGGAGGAGACCAAGUCCAAGCUGACCCCCAUUGUGGAAAUCAUUCGCAACCAUCUAACCAAGAUUCUUGAGGAGCUGAAGACCACAUAUGGACCCCAUGUCCAGGAGUACAGGGAGCAGAUUGAUGCUGUCGUUGCCAAUCUGCGCCAGAAGUAUGAAAGUGGGGAGCUGCAGCAGAAGCUCAAGAAGUUGAGUGAGGAGCUCCGGCCCCAGCUGACGGGUAUCUACACCACCAUUGAGAAGGCUUUCAAGGAAUAAACACUCUCGUCCACCUUGUUUUGCCCACAGCACAGUCUUAAAGGCUUCCAUCUUAAUUGCCCUACAUCCUGUUAUCAUCAGUUGUCUCAGGGUCUCUUCAAGAUCUCUCCACUUUCCAUUCACCACAUGAGCUGAUGUAAAAACUGGAUUUUUCUUUCUGUCUACUUUCCGUCUUACAGAAUGCCAUUCCUUCGAUUCUACUGUAGCAAACAUAUGCUAAUGUAAACAUUUUUGUGUAACAUUCUUAAAUGCUUUUGCUGUGCUAAAAGAAUGGCUCAAUAAAACACAAACAGUUUCAUGUUAA